AUGCCGGACCUGGUGAUGAUCCACGGGCUGCUGGGCUGGGCCGAAGAAGAGAAGCCGCUCUAUGGUUGGAUGCCGGACUACUUCCCGCUGCGCUUCAUCCGGGACCGCUGGACUGAAGGCGCCGUGGUCGCCGUGGAGCUGGGCGUGGCGUCCUCGGACCACGACCGCGCCUGCGAGGCCUUCGCACACCUGAUGGGCUUACGUGUGGACUAUGGCGAAGAGCACGCCAAGCAGAACCGGCACGCACGCUUUGGCGUGGACUUUCGUGGGCAAGGCCUCUUGAAGCGCUGGGAUGCCACGUCGCCGGUGCAUUUGGUGGGCCACAGCUUUGGGGGUAACACAGCAGUGGCACUGUAUAAUAUGAUUGCCGAAGACCACUGGGGCAUUGGCACAGGGCCUGAUUGGGUGGUUUCGGUGACGGCAAUUUGCUCUCCUUUGCGAGGCUGCAGCCUGCCGUUCUUGCUGGGUCUCGUCGAGGUCACUGACGAGGACGGCUGUACCAAACAUUUGGUGGAGCCCGGCUCCUUCACUCAUGGAGUCAUGGCCGUCUGCUGCCUCAUCAUCAAAAUGCAAGAUCGUUGGCCAAGGAUGUUCAAGUCCUUGUACAACAUGAAGUCGGACCAAUGGUCUGAGCACAACACCUGGAGCAACAUGGUUUCGGCUCGGCAUCCUUAUGCUCUUUCAGGCGACAACAUGAUGAGCGAGAUCGCGCCGCGCACGCGGCGCCGCGCAUUGCGAGGGCGGAUGGAAAACUUGAGCAAGACCUACUUGAUCGCCAUCACCAGCGAUGCCUUAGCACCCUUGAGCCCUUGGCACCUGUUUCAGCGCCUGGCUGUGGGGGCAUUGGUCACCUCUGGGUUAAGUCUCUCUACCCUUGUGAUGGCCAUCCGGCAUCGCUCCCAGCUGCUGCGCUUGCUGCGCUCGGCGAAGGUUUUUCGACCGCGGUUGAGCUUGCUGGGCCUUUGCUUGGCACUCCUGGCGGUGUUGAAGAGAAAGCAAUGGAGGCUCUAUGAGCGGCUGCUGCUGUUCUUCAGACCUCUGAUGUAUCGCAUGGUCCGGCCCUUGCUGCGCUUAAGCUCCUGGUCCGUGCACCGCGCUGCAAAGGAGCUCUCGCCCAAGAGUGCCCUGGUGGCUUCGGAUGCGGAGCAAGGCGCCAACGAUGGGCUCAUUGACACCGUGGCGCAACGAUGCCUGGACUGCCCACGCUUGGCCCGGCAGCAGCAGCCAGGCGGCCGGCAGAACCGCUCCGCGCUGCACGUGCCGCAAGCCAGGUUUCAUGCCUUGGCGCGAGCAUAUUCGGCCGAGCAUGUGGAUCGGGAGCAAGCAGAGGAGCAGCCAUUGCAGCGUGGAAGGUGGCAUGAGCUUCACGUGCCCAACUCCGAUCACUCCUUGGGGACUUGGUUCGAUUGCCACCACAGCGAGAAGAUGUAUGAUCAUCUCUUCAGCAUUCUCCGGAGGAGGAUGCACUGA